AGAACUCUGCCAGACUCUGUCAUUGUUUUAUUUUGUCCGCGAUCUGGCGGGAAAGGUUUUUCCCUGCAUCCUGUGUGCACUCGCGAUAUUUGGGCUUAACCGUAAACUUAACCAUCAUCAUCGCGAGAGAGGAUCAUUGAGACAAGAAAGACCGAUGGCGAAAGUUGGAGGAGGUCUACGGACCAUUGGUGAUCACCAAACUGGACCUGAUGGAUGAAGGGACAGAUGCACGAGACAUCCUGGAAAACAAACCACUGCCGCUCCACAGAGGUUACAUCGGGGUGGUGAACCGCAGUCAGAAGGACAUUGAUGGAAAGAAAGACAUCCGCGCUGCUUUGGCUGCUGAGAGGAAGUUCUUCCUGUCCCACCCGGGGUACAGACACAUUGCAGAACGCAUGGGCACACCACACCUGCAGAAGACCCUCAAUCAGGUGAAUGCGGAAUUUAAGAGAAUCACAACAAUUAAAUUGCAAUCCAAGUUCUUCUCUUCGCUGGAUAUUCACUCUACAAGCCUGAUCGACGUGUAUACCAAGAAAGGUGGAGUUCAAGGGAAGAAGAUCAAAAGCAUCAUGCUUCCCAUAACCCAGACUAACAGCAUUGACGUGAGACGCGAAUGCAUCCUCAAAGGUCUUUGUGUCUACUUCAAUGAAGAUCCAGAGAAGCUGGUGAAGGAAUACAUGAGCAUCGACAACAGCAGUCAAACAGCAAUGGCAGAGACGGUCUUCGGAAUAUUUGUCAUUCGACACGAAGGUGCAGAGCCUGGGGAUGACCCCGAGAACGUUGGGAUCAUUCUGGAGGGGCUCGAAGUGUUGGAUGAGUUGGGAAACGUAUCUUUUGCGGUGGCGAUGAUGUUUGCUCUCGUGUAUGCUCUAAACUUGAGCUACCCUCCAGAGCUGAAGUUUACAUUUGAAGCACUGCAGAAAAUAAUGAUGGAGCUAGAUGGAAACAGACUAUCCACAAAAGGACAAGUUCUCAAAACAUUGCUUUCCCGUGCCUAAUGUCACUGUUUGGGAUCGCCUCAUCUUCCAAACACGCAGCCAUCAGAGAUUCGGUGACUCACCUCUUUGACAGAAAUGUUGAUUAUAUGCAAGAAGUAUAAAAGUAAGCAUUCAAAGUUGGCUGUAGCAUGGUUACGUGGACCUCACUGAGCAGAGGGCUGUGCGAGGAGGCAGAUGUUACCAUGUUGCCUUAUUUGGUCUACUGUUGAAACUCAAGUUUGUUAUACUGUUCACCCUAAAGUUGAAACAUUUUAAUAUUUGAGAAGAAACUGUGUUUUUUCAAGCAUCUGUCAGUAUAAAGCUAUUUUGUGAAAUAUAUAUUCACUGUUAUAUUUAAUAACAGUGAAAGACAGUCUGCUUGUUGGCUGAGAUGGUGUUCUUAAUGGGCUUUUUUUAUUGCAUGUUCUCUAAUCUGCAUACUUAGACUGACAGCAAUGACGUGAGACGCGAAUGCAUCCUCGUAUUAUAUUUCAUAUAAUAUUUGGGAAGAAACUUAAUUUUUUCAAGCAUCUGAAGCAUUGUUUCUCUUUGCCUAUUUUGUGAAAUACAAUUUUAUAUUUCAACA